UAUUCGGUGAACAGAUUUCCUUUUAUUUAUUUGUUCACUGGCAGGCACUCUAGAACCAUUUUGAUUCCAUCUAAACCAUACUAAACUCUUAAGUCAUAGAUAAAUACAGGAGAAAAAGACUUGUAACCUUUAGGAAUUGUUUGACAGAGUGAUGAGUGUUCUAACGGUUUCUUAUUUUAUGCUUUUGGAAUAAGCAGGCAAUGGGCAAGGAAGUCAAGACAGUUGGUUACUUGAUGAAGCCUUCUCGUGAAGAAGAUUUUGCCAAGAGAGGUGCAUUCCCCUUAAAUCCUACACCAGACGGAUUAACUUUUGUGGCCCUUAACUACGAGCUCCCUAUGUCAUGGCAGUUAAAAGAAGUUGACGGCAUUCUACAUAAAUCAACUGAUGACAUCAUUGCUGUUGAAAUGAGCAGCUCUUCAGAUUUUGAAAACAAAGUUACUUAUACAGAGGGCAUGGAACAGUUACAAAGGUACAUCAGAUGCCAUCCUGACUGUUGUGUGAUUGACCCAUUCAGCAACAUUUAUCCUGUUCUUGAUCGGUUGAAAAUACAGCAGACUCUAGGUGGUUUGGAAAAUCUUAAUAGCAAAAGCUGCAGUAAAAUCAGGGGUCCCCAUUUUCUAAAGGUUGUUGAUUUUUGUGAGCCCGAAUUGGAAGACAAGCUAGCCGAUGCAAAACUGUCGCUUCCAAAUAUUGUAAAACCUCAAGUUGCUUGUGGAGUUGCCGACGCUCACAGCAUGGCCAUUGUCUUCAAAGCAGACAGCUACAAAGACCUCAAUGUCCCUCUUCCAGCUAUUGUGCAGGAAUAUGUGGAUCAUUCAUCCACUAUGUUCAAGUUUUACGUUGUAGGGAAGAAGAUUUUCUUUGCAAUUAAGAAGUCUACACCUAAUGCUGAUAUCUUGAUAAAGUUAGCUGAGGAAAAGGCACUGAAGCCAUUACUUUUUGAUAGCUUAAAAUCUCUGCCUGUUGACAAAGACAAUCAGCAAAAAAGUCAAGAUGAAGAUAAUAAACGAAUUGAUCAUGAGCUAGUCACUGAUGCUGCAAAUUGGUUGAGAAAGGCGCUUGACCUUACCAUAUUUGGGUUUGAUGUUGUGAUCCAGGAAGGCACUGGUGACCAUGUCAUCGUUGAUGUAAAUUACCUUCCAUCAUUUAAGGAAGUUCCGGAUGAGGUUGCAAUUCCCACAUUCUGGGAAGCCAUAAAGGAAAAGCUGACUGGAAAAAAGAGCACAGAAGCAGCAAUACUGUUGUAAUAUUCUUAGUAGCAUCACUAAUAAAAAUGUCAUCUAACAGAUGCUUAUGACCAACUUUUCUUUUGUUAUUCACAUGGUAACAACUGUAACUUAUUCUGUAGAUUUGAAAUCCUAUUUCAUUCUCUUCUGUAUGCAUACACUGUCUCAAUGAAUUAAGCCACCAUAAAUCCAUAAUGAAUUCAGCCAUUGGUGUC